AUGAUCAUGUCGUCAGCUGUAGCAGAGCUGGAGAGCUAUCUCCACUCCAUGCUGGCGCUCAAGCCGCCCGGCGUAUCGGGCACCAAGAUCCAAGGGAUCACGGCCCUGUGUACCGCCAACGUCCAGAAUGAAUCGGUCCUGAUCCAAAAGAUCUACACGCACUUCAAGAAGACACCGGGCACCCACAAGUUGGGCGUCCUCUAUGUCGUAGACUCUGUAACCCGCCAAUGGGUAGAAGCUGCACGCAAGGCCGGCCAGCCGUCUGGCAGCGCCGCUCCCGAUGGGACCUUGGCCGCAGGCGUCAAUCGAGUGACUGAGCUGCUGCCCGUGUUGAUGACUGAUAUCAUAAACAACGCCCCUAAUGAUCAAAAGGAGAAAAUCAAGAAGCUGAUCGACAUCUGGGAGCGUGGAGGUACCUUUCCCCCCUCCAUGCUCGCCUCGUUCCGCGAGAAGCUGAACGCCCCGCAGAAUGUGGAAUCUACCACCCCCGAGGGCUCGCCGGCCCCCGGAUACAACCUGCUUGGAGGAGCUGCCCCGUCGUCGCUGCUCCCACAGCAACCUCCGGCCAACGGAUCUGCGGCUGCCCCAGAUACCUCCAGUAUCUUGAAAGCCCUGGCGGAUAUGGCCAAGCAGAACACUGCGGCACCCGCGGCCUCUGCCCCGGCAGCUCCCAUCAACCCGCUUGCUGCCCUGACCGGUGCCAUUCCGCCAGUCUCGUCUGCCGACCCAUCCUCCAUGACCCCUGGUACGAACCCAUAUGCCGCCGCCGGAAUGGUCAACCCCUUCGCGGCUCUGGGCCUGGCCCCAAACCCAGCCAUGCCUCCGCAACCCCACAGCCAGAGCCACACUCCCAACUCCAUGACCUCGGCGCAGAACCCAUUGGCCGCCAUGAUGGCGCAGGCCGCCGCCGCUCCGGCCAUGCCUGAUGGCAACGCCCUCUCGCAACAGCUCUCGCUGCUGCAAUACCUGUCGUCGCAGGGGAUCCCGCAGGACCAAUGGGCGACCGCACUUCAACUCCUGAACAUGUCGAACACCAUGGGCACCAAUCCCGCCGCUCAGCUUCCCGGAUUCCCGGCGAUGCCCGGACCGGCGGCGGGUGGUGGCUGGGCCCAGCCAGACACGCAGAACCGUGAUGACCGUGAUCGCGACUACCCUCGCUCUCCUGGUGGCUACCGACGUCGCUCUCGCUCUCCGGGCUGGGACCGCCGCCGCACUGCCUCCCCUCCUCGUCGUCGCGAGAGCCCCGUCUACGGCGAAUACCACGGGGAAUCCCCCGGUCGUCGCGGCGACCGGGAUGCUCGUGGUGGCCGCCGAGGCGCUACCGAAUAUCGCCAACGCAGCCCCGCAGGCGCCCGGCGCCGCCGAUCUCCCUCCCCGCCGCGCAGCAAGGACCCGAACCUCCCGCCUCCCGGUCCCAAGCUUAUUGAGUGGGACUAUUCCAUCGGACAAGACAACAUCAAAGUGCUCAGCCGCACCCUGUUCGUGGGCGGCGUGACCUCCUCCGAGGCACACCUGCGCGCCCUCUUCAACCGCUUCGGCCUCGUCCAAACCUGCAUCGUCAAUAUCGACAAGCGCCACGCCUUCAUCAAGAUGAUCAGCCGGCAGGACGCCAUCGCCGCGCGAGACGGCAUGGAGUCCUACCGGCAGGCCGAAAUGCAGCUGCGCACCCGGUGGGGUGUUGGCUUCGGCCCGCGCGACUGCAGCGACUACCAAACCGGCAUCAGCGUGAUCCCGAUUGAGCGGCUGACCGAGGCAGACCGCAAGUGGAUGCUCACAGCCGAGUACGGCGGCACGGGCGGCCGUCCCAUUGAAUCGGGCAUGGUCGUCGAAGAGCCCGAUAUUGAAAUCGGCGCCGGCGUCUCGUCCAAGGCCAUCAGCCGACGCAUCGCCACCGACACCGGCGGCAAGCGUGGGCCCAUCUCGUCUCGUGGCCAGGGUCCCGAGCCUGCACCGCCGCGAUUUGGAGGCGGCGGCGGCGGUGGUGGUGGUGGUGGUGGAGGACGUGGCCGGCCAGACCGGGACGGCUUCGGUGGCCAUUCCUCCGGCGGCGUAUCGGGCCAGGACUCGCACGAUAUGCCCGCAAUGCCGAACCCAGGCGUUCCUCCCGCUGUGCCAGCCUACGGCUUCAAUUUCCCAGGUAUGCCCUUCCUCCCGCCGGGCUUCAUGAUGGGCAACACACAGCCGCCUUCGUCGCAGCCCCCGCCCCCGGGACAGGGCAACUAA